CCUCCUCACCACUAUGAGCUGAAUAAAGAGCAUGAAAUCCACUCUCGACUCAUAGUAUAUUUCAAGUUCCUUGAGAGGAAACUACAGCAGUCAUAUUGCCAGCUUUGAUGUUCCCAUCAGGUUCUCCGUAAUCUCUUACGCCAGCCGGCCCAAAACUAUCGUCGACAUCCAGGACGAUAUAGCUGAAGAUACAGAAAUCGUUAUUGAGAAGAUUCAAAAUGAGAUGAACUACAAAGACCACGGCAACGCAACGGGAACCAACAUUCAAGAUGCCCUCGACUCCGUGUACCAGAUGAUGAUUAAUGAGAAGGCGUUUACCAAAGUGCCGUGGGACAAAAUCCGUCAUGCCAUCAUCCUGUUCACAGACGGGAAGUCCAAUAUGGGAGGUUCCCCCACAAAGGCCGUGCGCAGCAUAGAAGACUUCUUGAACGUGAGAGCAAACAGGAAAGACUACCUGGAUAUCUAUGCAUUUGGAGUUGGAACGGUUGACGUAGAUUGGAGCGCCAUGAAUGAGAUAGCAUCCAAAAAACCGGGCGAGAGGCACGCCUUCAAGUUGAAUGACCUUAAGGAACUGAAGGCAGCCUUUGAAGAUGUCCUGGAUCCCAGAGAUCUUCAUGAUAUAUGUGGCUUGGCGAACAACUCUGACAGCGCUAGCUGGGAGCAGAAGAACCCAUGGCACGUGCUCCUCCAAUACAACACACUGACAGAACCUUCUUGUCGGGGCGCCCUGAUUUCAAAGACAUGGGUCUUAACGUCCGCUCACUGCUUCAGCAAAUUCAACAACACAGCAGGAUGGACCGUCAUUCUGGAAAAAGCUAGAGGAGGGACCAAACUGCGAAUAAAGAGGCGGAUCGACCACGAAUUGUUCAACGUGAAAGCCAAGGUGGCUCAGGGGAUCCAGGAAUUCUACGACUAUGAUCUCUCCUUACUCGAGCUGGAGAAACCCGUGCAGUUUGGCGGGAGGAUCAGGCCAAUCUGUCUUCCUUGCACGGAAGGUGCCAACAGAGCCCUGAAGAUGAAGCCAGGUGCCACAUGCAAGGACCACGAGCUGCAGUUGCUGAGUUUGGAAGAAGUGGAUGCCCAGUUCAUAUCCUUGGACAACAAGAGGAUGGGAGUUCAGAUCAAGACAAGGAGAAGUCGCCCAACGUGCAUUUCCGCAGCUCUUCAAGACAAGAAAAUGUUUUCCGAAGGAACUGAUGCCUCUGAAGUGGUGACAGACAGAUUCCUGUGUAGUGGAGGAGGGAGAGCUGUCGAGGCUGCCACUUGCAAAGGUGAAUCCGGAGGAUCAUUAUUCGUGGAACGGAGGGAGAGACUCUUCCAAGUGGGCGUGAUCAGCUGGGGCACGUAUAACCCUUGUGAAAAGAAGAGGAAGAAGAAGAAAGAUGGGGAGACACGGGAAACAGUUCGGGAUCCCCCUCCAGCGAACCAUAAACCACGAGAUUUCUACAUUAGUCUCUUUGGUGUGCAGGACUGGCUGAGGCAACACCUGGGCCAAUCCUUGAGGUUUAUCCCGAAGGAAUAUUUCACAAGUAGCUGGACGGCAGCGGUGCUGCCCAAACAGAAGCUGCUAGGAGGCAGAAAGAGAACAGACCAGGGAGAACCAGAAAUGCAGCUUUUUUUGGACCAGCUGUUCUGCAUUCUCAUUGCCCUCGGGGCAUUUUAUACAGAUGCAGCUGAUAAUGCCUGUGACCCCCAAACCGCUGAGAUUGCUGGGGGACAGUAUACAGUGCUGGAAAACGGCACUGUGCUGAAAUAUGAGUGCCCAGAUGGGAAAUACCCAUACCCUACAGACUACCGGUUUUGCCAGUACGAUGGGACAUGGAGCCCCAUGCAGAAUGCACUGAAAAGCCGCGUCUCCAAGGCCAGUUGCCGAAACAUCACCUGCUCCAGGCCUCUGGAUUUCGAAAAUGGCCUAUAUGAGCCCCGCCAGAGGUCCUACAAUGUAGGCCAGGAACUGAGGUUUGAGUGCUACCAGGGUUACACGCUGCGAGGGUCACGUAAUCGCACCUGCCUCCCCAAUGGGAAAUGGAGUGGAGAGACAACCAUAUGUGAUGAUGGAGCGGGCCACUGCCCCAACCCUGGCAUCCCCAUCGGUGCCCAGAAAGAUGGCACCCAAUAUCGAAUUGAAGAUCGAGUCCACUACAGUUGUGACAGAGGACUCUCUUUUGUGGGAUCCAAAGAGCGGAUUUGCCAAGAAUCAGGAGCCUGGAGUGGAUCGGAACCGGAAUGUAGAAACCCUUUCACCUUUGACACUCCAGAAGAAGUCUCCUCCAAGUUCAUCUCAUCCCUCACUGAAGUGGUCGAGUCUGCAGAUUCCAACAGAAAUAUUUCUGCUACAGGGAAGCGUAAAAUCAAGAUUGAGGUUGAUGGCUCAAUGAAUAUCUACAUUGUCCUUGAUGCCUCCCGGAGUAUUGGUCAGCCAACAUUUCGCAAAGCUCGGGAUGCAAUCAUCAAGUUCAUCGAGAAGAUAUCCAGCUAUGACACUUUCCCUCGCUACGGCAUCGUCACCUUUGCCACCCACAGCAAAGAGGUUUUGAGUACGACCAACCCAAAGAGCAAUGAUGCCUCCUGGGUGAUUGAACAGCUGGAGGCCCUGAAAUAUAAUGAACACAAGCUAAAGCCUGGAACCAACAUUUACAAAGGUCUGGAUGCUGUCUAUAAGAUGAUGAUCAACCAGCAAGAGGACCAACUGAGGGAGGGGUUGGAUCCUGCUCCUAUUGCCACCACCACCCGCCAUGUUAUCCUCCUCUUGACUGACGGAGACUACAACAUGGGAGGGACCCCUGUUCCUGUCAUUGGAAGAAUCAAGGAGUUCCUCAAUAUUCCUGGCCAGCCCACUCGUAAUGACUUCUUGGAUGUUUACAUCUUUGGUAUCGGGUCCAUGGUCGCCAUAGAGAAUGUGAACGCCUUGGCGUCUCAGAAGCCCGGUGAAAGACACGUCUUCAAGCUCAAAGACUACGAUGAAGUACGGGAUGCCUUUGAAGAAAUGAUUGAUGAGAGUCAGGUUCUGUCCAUGUGUGGCUUGGCCAAGGAGCACACGCAAGCGAGGGACCAAGAGAAGAAUCCCUGGCACGUCACAAUCAGCAUCCGGCGCACUGGAAGGGGAUUUGAACACUGCAAAGGAGCCCUUGUCUCAGAGUAUUACGUCUUGACAGCGGCCCACUGCUUCACCAUAGUUGACAGAGCUGAGGAGAUCCAAGUCACGUUAGGUGAGAAUCAGCGCUUUGAAGUGGCUGCAGUCCGAUCGCACCCAUUGUACCAGAUUGGGAAGCUAAAAGAUCGUGGAAUCCCUGAAUUCUAUGAUUAUGAUGUCGCCCUGGUGAAACUCUCCAAAAAAGUCAUACCCUCCGUUUCUGCAAGGCCAAUCUGCCUCCCCUGUACGGCUGGGACCACCCGGGCUCUGAGGAAGCCCCACCCACAGACCACCUGCAGGAAUCAUGAGGAACUGCUCCUGACCAUUGGAAACGUCCCGUCGUUUUUUGUGACCGACUGUAAACACGAGGACCAACAGGCCAAGGGUCUGUCUCGCAGGACAGUGAAAAUCAGGAAUAGUGAAAAGAAAAUUGGUUGCGAAGCGGACGCCAAGAAAGCCUCCCAGUACGUAAAUGUCACGGACGUCUCCCAGGUGGUGACUGAACGCUUCUUAUGCACAGGGGGCGCUGACCCUGAAGUGGACCCCAACACUUGCAAAGGCGACUCUGGUGGUCCCCUCAUCAUUCCUAAAAGGCAACGUUAUAUCCAGGUGGGCGUGAUCAGCUGGGGCGUGGUUGAUGUUUGUAGAAACAGGAAACUGCCUGUCUGCGAAACUGGCCGUAAUCGCCACGAGGGGUCCCCUGCCUAUGCCAGGGAUUUUCACAUCAACCUCUUCAAGAUCUUGCCUUGGCUCAAGGAAGAGCUCCGGGACGAGGGACUGGAUUUCCUGUAGACUCUUCUCCCCGAUUCCCCCACCCUCCACCUCGCACCUGGGGUGGUUUGUGUAAAUAGAACGGGUAUCUUGAAAUCCUGUAAAGUGAAUGCAAUUUUAACAAUUGUGUAUUAAAUUCCAUUGUACGAAGAAAAUGGAUAAAUAGCUCUCUUCUGUGA